AUGGCUGUCAAACAUAAACUCAUUUUUACUGGAUUACUGUUUUUCCUGUAUGUGGAGAGGGCUGUCUCGAUCAAUGAGGAGGAGCUCCAUGCCAGAUACUGGAACAACAAGGGGAAGCAGGCCCUGCAUGAUGCCUUAAGUAUGAAGCCUAAUCUCCACCGAGCCAAGAACCUCAUCCUCUUCCUUGGAGACGGUAUGGGUGUAACCACGGUGACUGCGGCCCGCAUCCUCAAAGGCCAGUUGGCGGGACAUUCUGGAGAGGAGGGCAGUCUGGUCAUGGAUACCUUCCCUUACCUGGCCUUAUCUAAGACAUACAACGUGGACCAGCAGAUGCCAGACAGUGCUGGUACAGCCACAGCUUACCACUGUGGUGUAAAGGCCAACUAUGGCACUUUGGGUGUCACUGCUGCCACCACCAGGUACAACUGUAGUACUGUCUUCGGUAAUGAAGUCACAUCGAAUCUGCACCGUGCCAAGAUAGCAGGGAAAUCAGUGGGGAUUGUCACCACAACCCGAGUCCAGCAUGCUUCUCCUGGUGCCACCUACGCUCACACCGCCAACCGUGGGUGGUACUCUGACUCUGACCUCAGUACUGACGCCGUGAAAGAUGGCUGCCGCGAUGUUGCCUACCAGCUGGUUCACAACACAGAGAUAGAUGUCAUUCUUGGUGGAGGUCGUCAGUACAUGUUUCCCAAAACUGCAGUAGACCCAGAGUAUUCAAGCUCUAAAGGAACGCGUAGUGAUGGACUGGAUCUCACUGCUGAGUGGCUCAAAAACAAAAAGAAUGCUAAGUAUGUGUGGAACAAGGCUCAGUUUGACGCUGUUGACCCUGACAAGACAGACUUCCUGAUGGGUCUCUUUGAGCCCAAAGACUGUCGCUAUGAGCUGGAACGCGAUGCGUCCAUGGACCCCUCCCUCACUGAGAUGAUGGAGAAGGCCAUCAAGAUUCUCAGCAAGAAUCCCAAGGGAUUCUACCUCUUUGUGGAAGAUAUGGGGAGAAUUGACCACGGUCACCAUGGAGGCAGGGCCAAAAGGGCCCUGUACGAGGCUGUAGAGCUUGACCGGGCAAUUGGACGGGCAGCUGAACUCACCAGUGAGCUUGACACCCUGUCCGUUGUCACUGCUGACCACUCCCACGUCUUUGCAUUUGGAGGACACUCUGCCAGAGGAAACUCAGUCUUUGGAGUGUCUCGUGGGCUGGCUGACGACAACAAGCACUUUACGACUGCUGUCUAUGGAAAUGGACCAGGAUACCAGAUUGUCAAUGGAUCUCGUCCAGAUAUGAAUGAGUCAAUUUCAUCGGGCAAUGAUUAUCGCCAACAAGCUCCUGUUCCUAUUGAUUCUGAGACCCAUGGCAUAGAGGAUGUGGCCAUCUUUGCCAAAGGUCCCAUGGCACACCUCUUCCAUGGGGUCCAGGAGCAGAGCUACAUUGCCCAUGCAAUGGCUUAUGCUGCCUGCCUGGAGCCCUACGCAGACUGCACUGUGGAACCCCCAGCGCCUGCCCAUGCUGGAUCCAUCCACCCCAGCCUGCUGCUCCUCCUGAUGGGAUUGCUUCUUGCCCUCCACCAUGUCUCUGUCUGA